CUAUGACUAUCGAGCCGACUGCGAGGAUCACAGAGAGGAAGCUGGCGGUGCUGAAAGACCAGACAAUAUUGACAAACCUGCCCGAAAAUGUGAUUGCCAAUUCCGGCACUGAUUCAGGGCCGGUGGAGGGAGUUUUUUUGGGUGCUGUUUUUGAUCAAGAAAGUAGCCGUCAGGUAGUUUCACUCGGAACAUUGCGCGAUCUCCGGUUCAUGGCGUGUUUCCGAUUCAGGUUAUGGUGGAUGGCUCAAAGAAUGGGUGACAGGGGAGGUGACAUUCCCCUGGAGACCCUAUUGUUGUUAGCGGAAACCAAAGAUAUUGAUGAAAGUGGGGAUAGUGAUACUGUUGGACCAACUUUUACUCAUUCUGUUUAUGUGAGUUCCGGAACUGAUCCUUUUGGGGUCAUUACUGAGGCAUUUAGAGUAGUUAAAUUACACCCUAAGACGUUUAGGCAAAGGCAUGAAAAGCAGCUGCCUGGGAUUGUUGAUUAUUUUGGAUGGUGUACUUGGGAUGCAUUUUACCGGGAUGUGACUCAAGAAGGUGUUGAAGAUGGCCUUCGGAGCCUUUCUGCGGGCGGGACGCCUCCCAAGUUCGUGAUCAUUGAUGAUGGAUGGCAAUCUGUUUGGGUUGAUGAUGAAAUUCAGGGAGAAACUGAUCCAAAGCAGCAGCAGCUGCAGCAGCCACCUUUGAAUAGAUUGACUGGAAUUAAGGAAAAUCCCAAGUUUCGAAACAAAGAUGAUCCAACUCUUGGGAUAAAGAAUAUAGUGAAGAUUGCAAAGGAGAAAUAUGGAGUUGAGCUGACCAAACAGUACCAUCAGGCGCUUGAUGCUUCCAUUGCCAAAAGUUUUCCAGAUAAUGGUUGCGUUGCCUGCAUGAGCCAAAACACAGAUGGACUUUACUGCUCAAAACAAACGGCUAUUGUGAGGGCAUCUGAUGAUUUCUUUCUGCGUAUUCCCGAAUCGCAUACAAUUCAUAUAGCUGCAGUAGCAUAUAAGAGCAUUUUUGUAGGAGAAUUUAUGCAGCCUGAUUGGGACAUGUUCCACUCGGUCCAUCCAGCCGCUGAGUUUCAUGCUUCAGCCAGAGCUAUAAGCGGUGGUCCUCUUUAUGUGAGUGAUGCGCCAGGGAAACACAACUUUGAUCUCCUUAAAAAACUUGUCCUGCCCGACGGUUCAAUACUUCGAGCCCGCCUUCCUGGUCGGCCUACAGUGGAUUGCCUACUCUCUGAUCCUUGUCGGGAUGGUGUUAGUAUUGAGAAAAAGAACACAUUCCAUCAAACGAAUUCUGAAGCCAUAACAGGAUACAUUAGGGGCUGCGAUGUACAUCUCAUCCGCGAAGUCGCUUUGGAUCCCGAGUGGAGCGGUGAUUGUGUUGUUUACUGUCAUUCUAGUGGUAAACUUGUUUGUUUGCCCCACAAUGCAGCAAUGCAAAUCUCCCUAAAGGUUCUUGAGCAAGAAAUUUUCACCGUAACGCCAAUCAAAAACUUGGCUCCCGGUUUUAGCUUUGCGCCAUUAGGCCUCAUGCAUAUGUACAAUGCUGGAGGAGCAAUUGAAGGGCUCGAAUAUUAUGUGAAGGCUGGAACUCAGUUGUCUGAAAGGAAAGGGCCAUUUUGGAUGGGAAGGGAGUUGCUGUAG